AACCGUCGGUGCCGGCGGCCGGCGCCGCCGGGGCCUGCAGACUGUGCAGAAUGUCAUCUGAUGAGGAGAAAAGCACAAGUCCAGUUUUGCCAAAUGACUUUGUUCAGGACAGUCCUGUUUCUUCAGAUCCUCAGAUUUGUCACUGGAUGCUGUCUGUUGACACUUACUGUUGGCGCAUAAGCGAUGAAUAUGAAGAGCUGUUUCGUUAUACUGUAGUGACUCCGAAGUUUGAACAGUGUGUCUCGAAGUUACCAGAGCCUGCAUCAGAACAGAGACUGCCUGACAGAGUUUCAAGGGUGACAGAUGAUGCCGAUCACCAUAAGACUCCAGUCUUGACAUCAGUGAAACAGGCUGGUAUGGAACAACCUGCUUUUUCAGAAGCAACUUCUUUUCAAGGAUCCACACAUGGUCCAAGAGAAGUCAGCAAAACCAUAGUGACCGAAUUAACUUUACCAGAUGAAAAAGUCACUCAAAUAGAAAAUAUUCUUGAUCUCUGGAGUGGAAGUCUUAAGACAAAUAUUCUGACUGAACUGAAAAACUGGAAACUUGAUUUGAUUCAACAGCACAAGCUUCAAAUGAGACAAGAGAAAGAGAAAUAUGCCGCACAUUUGAAACAACUGCAGAAUGAGAUGGAAAACUUGAAGGAGUUACUUCAUACUUACGAAAUCUCUGUUAGGAGGAAAGAUGAGGUAAUUACUAACUUAACCCAAGCAUUAGAAAAGCAAACGGACAGAGUAGAGUUGAUGAGAAAGUUUACACUCUGGCGGAUUCAGCAUGUUAAAGCCAAACAAGAGGAGUAUGCAGUUAGAAUGGCAGAUGCACAUUUCCGUACAGCUUUGAUGAAAAAAGUGUGGGCAGCAUGGCGCUCUCUUAGUGAAGAAAGAUGGAAAGACAAAGUAGCAAAAGCCUGUCAGUUAAGGGCAGAAGAUGUCUGUGUUCAACUCACCAAUGAUUAUGAAGCCAAAAUUGCAGAGUUAACUGCUGCUUUGGAACAGACAAAAGCUGAGAUUCUGCGACUGCAUAGUGAAAGAGAUCAGUAUGAAGAGACCAUGAAGAAAGCCUUUAUGCGUGGUGUAUGUGCUUUGAAUCUGGAAGCAAUGAGCAUGUUCCAAGGCAAGGACAAUAGGCCGGAGCCUGAUACAGGAAGCAGGAGAAGUGAUAAUGCAGCCACUGGUGCAGGAAGGCCACCUCCUUCACAAUAUAGUCAACCUUCACCACCACCUCCACCAACAGCUUCUCUUCACAUGGAAAAUAUGUUUUCUAGCCACCUGGCUCAUGCAAGCACAUCUGAGACCAGACUAGAUUCUGAUUCUCCAAUAAUCAUUGCUAGCACAACAUCAGCAUCGGGUUUGACAUCAACUCAAAAACUGCCCACAGCAAAAGUAAUAACAUCUGCACAACAGAAAGCAGGAAGAACAAUCACUGCUCGAAUCACAGGCCGAGCUGAUACGGGACAAAAAUCCAGAGCUUCUGGGAGUUUAACAGUGAUGGGAGUUGCUCCACCAAUGAGUUCAGUCAUUGUUGAGAAACAUCAUCCAGUCACUCAGCAAACAAUAUCACAAGCCAUUGCUGCUAAAUAUCCUCGAACUGUGCUUCAUUCUUCUGGCUCUACUUCUUCAAGACCUGCAGGACAAGCUGGGCGAGUGCUUCAGGGCCAAACUCAUACCAUUGUUCAGUCAAUAAAAGUUGUUGACUGACUGACUGUCUUUCUCACCAGUUGGGGUUUUUAAUCAAGGUAUCUCUUCCUGGUCUUUUCAGAUUUGAUGCAGUAAGGCCUAAAGUACAUAUCAUGUUUUUAACCUUUUCUAAAAAAAAGGAAGGUUUUUCUAAGUAAAAAUGCUUUUAUAAUAAAACCUGGAGUGGGGGGGAAAAGUAAUUGAACUGUUGUUCUACCUCCAAACUUUUAUUAUUAAGACAAACACUUUUUAUUUAAGGAAGCUUUUGCACACUUAAAUAAAGAAUACAAUGUGAUUUUUGUCUGAAUCUCUUUGAUUAAUCCCAAUGAUACUAACAUCUAUGUUCAAAAGAAAAUUAAAUGUCUUUUUGUUACAAACACUUUUAGUUUCUUAUGCAAGUAAGUUGACAUGCACCUUAAUUAUAUCCUACAAGAGUGUAUUUAAAUGGAAACCAGCAGGGUGGCAUCCUCUACCCCCAGGGUCCAAUUUAGGCUAAAUGAGGUACCCAGUCCAUCAAAUUCUUAAACAUUUUAAUUUUCCAAGCUAAUGUUGUAGAACUUGAUGAAUACUGUAGGGUUCCCAGCAUCUAGGAUCAUUCAGAUCCUAGGUGGACAUUGGCAAGUAUUAAUUCAAGACAUGAACAAGAAAUAGGCAAAUAAUUGCUAGAUGUGUUAAGUAUUAAAUAUUGGAUGCUCUUUUGGGGUCAUGCCGUGAUAGAAAAUUCUGCAGCUAGACACACGUGGUGUUUACACAUGACAUUUUUGUAUUUCUUCACUACGUAAAUCAAAUGCUGCAGUAGAAAGAUUUGUUAUAAUCCUAGCAAGAAUUUAUAAAAACUUGAAUCCUAAAUGAGGCCAGAUGCCAGCUUAUUUCUGCAAGUGUUAAUUGAUUUGUACACAUAACUUUCACAUAUUAAAUUUAAUCUUUUCUUAUAGAAAACAUCUUACUUACAUUUCACACCAAACACCAAGUAGCUUAACUUGCAGUUCCAAUACCGAAUUACUUUAUCAGUGUUAGGUUAGAAAUUGUAACUGGUGAGUCUUGCUUAGCAGUUACAAACUACCAGUCAACCAUUUGCUCUUAAUUUUUUUAUAUUUCUGUAUAGCAAGCAUCUGAGAAAAAAGUAACCAUUUCAGGAAUGCAAAGUCUUCUAGGGUGGAAAAAGUUGUACAACUUCAAAAUAGGUUUUUUGUUUCCCAAAAAGAUAUUUGAAAGCCACUUUCCAUCUGGCUUGUAAUUCCAUCA